CUUCUAUUUUAGUACGAUAACAUCCAGGUCACCCCCUCUAGCCCCUCAACAAGCGCUCCCGUGGGCUGUUCGGCCAUUGAGACUUGCGCUCCAACGCCCGACUUUCCUUGCUGAUCACUCAGUCUCGGCCUUUUUUUUUCAAGUACACAGGUCCCUCCAACUGAAGGAUGUCUUUCAGCUUCCUCGCUUUUUCUCUUGCUCCUACUAGCUGAAAAUUACCCUCUCUUCUUAAAGCUUGAGACACUUGCUUCGUGUUUUCUUCCUCCAUCGAUUCCUUCACUCGUCGAACAUUUGAAAGCCGUAAACCAAACAAUUCCAUCUCUCCCCUCGCGCGCAUCGCACUCGAGCCACUUCCCGACCCUUCCCAAACAACGGAUGCGUCCCCGAUAAUGAAGACUUGUGGCUUGCUUCUCCCUCGUUGAACCUGACGAGUCCCUCUCUUACUUUCGAUCGAUACAUUCGUCUCUUCCUUGCUAUUCAAACACCAUGAAGGAGUUUCCUAGAAAGUUUCUCAGCAAGCGCGAAAAGAAUGGCCGGCGAUCUAAGUCGGCUACACCAGCGCCAGUUGUCCCAACGAUUCCUGACAGCACUAGCAACAAAAACAAGGUACGUUAUUGCCUGAAUCGGAAUUUUUGCUUGAUGAGUGAUCUAUGGAACUGCAUCCAGCAACGAGCUUGUUAUAGUCCAAGAUGAAGUAUUCUGACAAGCAGCUAUCCAGCCUCGACCACUCUCCGCUGGGGCUUUCAUGGCCUUGUUCAAAAACGACAGCGCAAAACAAGGAGCAAAAGCAGAAGCAGAGAAAGAGAAGGAUACCGCACAAAUUGAGGACAUUUUACGCCGACUAGACGAGCUCAACAUAACCAAUGUCACCGCCGAUCAUGUUACCGACAUCAUGGCAACAAAGUUUGCAGACCACGACCCCAAUAAGACAGUCGAGUUCAUCGAUAUGGAGCAAAAGGCUGCAGCGGGUAUCAUUACCCCCUAUGAUCCCAGCGUGGAUAUGGUGGGCGCCGAAAACCGUGGCAAUGUGACUUGCUAUCUUGAUGCACUUCUGUUCUCAAUGUUUGCCAAAAUCGAUGCUUUCGAGUGUAUGCUCAAGAAUGAUUUCCCAGAAGAAGACAAUCGCAACAAACUUGUCAAUCUUUUGCGGAUGUGGGUUAACAUGUUGAGGACGGGGAAAUUAGUGCAUACGGAUAUGGUGAGUGGCAAAGGUGCAAUCUCAGUGAUGCUCAAACUAACAUUUGAACAGACCAAGUUAAUACAGGACGCUCUGGCUGACUGUGGAUGGUCGGAUGCACGGAUGCUUGAGCAGCAAGACACCUCGGAGGCUUUUGCUUUCAUAACAGAAACCUUACAGCUACCUCUACUUUCACUGCAAGUCGAUCUCUUCCAUCAAGGCAAGAAGGACAAGGACGACCACAAGGUUGUUUACGAGCGUCUCCUGAAUCUGGCUGUACCUCCAGAUCCUGAGGAGAAGGGUCUAAAAUUAGAAGACUGCCUCGAAGAAUACUUUAACGCCCAGGUAGACGUUAAACGAGAUAGCGAAGACGGGAAGAAGCUCGGGGUAGAAGAGAAGAGUCGAAGCGAGACACCAACACUCAAGCAUAGGGAUACAAUUCGCAUCAUCACUGAAGAACGCGGCGAAGCAUCAACACCAACAUCCCCUUUGGUAAAUACACCGUUGGAGAUAACGCCAACUUCGGAAAAGGGAAUUCCUCUUUUGUUGACAGAUCCCAAUGUCAAGGACGGAAAUGCCCCUGAUGAUGAAGAAGAGGGAGAGGUUACGACUGUGGAGAUAGUGAAGAACAAGCCAAGCAUGCGAACGAGGUCAACCAGCGUUAUCCAGCGCGUAGUGUUGGACGAAGACGGUCGCCCCUCUACCCCAGACAAUGUCACAAUGCUUCAAAAGGCUAUGAGGAAAGGUUCGACAGUUGUGAAGGCAGUUACUAUUCCUGCCUGGCAGUUUUUCCGUCUGAUUCCUUGGCAUGCGCUUUCAAGCAGUGAGCCCAGAAACAAUACGGAGGUCGCAUUGAACUUUGAGCAAAGGCCGGUUGUUGGCAUCUGUCUCAAGCGUUACGCUAUGACUGAGUCCGGCCAGCCGAAACGUCACAAUACCUUUAUCGACAUUCCCGAUAGUCUGAGACUACCCCAUUUCAUGCUAGCAGAUGAACCCAAGGCCGAGGAAGAUAUGAACGUUCUUAACACGGACUAUAAGCUCGUCCUACAGUCCGUCAUCUGCCACCGGGGCGACUCACUACAAAGUGGCCAUUAUGUUUCGUUCGCCCGAGUGGCUCCUAAGUUAUUGAAAGACAAUAGACGGCAUAAUUUCGACCCGCCACCGGAUUACGAGGAAGCACAAUGGGUUAAGUUCGAUGACCUCCAGAUCGAAAACCGAGUCAGUUAUGUGGAAGAUAUCAGGUCAGCGUUGAAGGAGGAAAUGCCUUAUCUUCUUUUCUAUCAGAUUAUGCCUAUGGUCGAAGUCUCGCCUCCAUCUGUGGACGAGACAGAGACAGAACCGCCUUCCUAUAACGAUUCGAAAGUCAGCAUUGAAUUGCCUCCUACUCCUUCACGAAGCAACCGAUUGGGUAGUCUGGAGGGAGGUUAUUUUGAUAGCACACCGACCUUAGAAAACUCACAACUUUUGUCUAGUAAACCACCAAGUAUUCGCCUCUCUAUGGAGGGCGAAAGGCCACGAAGAAGCGAAGAUAUCGAUCGCAUCCCAGGAUCUCUAGCUGGGGACUCGCGGCGUCCCAGCGCUGUUUGGACCGAUUCGACCACACAUACCCCCAACUCCCACUCUCCAGCUGUCACGCCUAACGAAGAAUCGACAGCAUCGAGGCUGUCACGCGCAGCAUCUAGAUUUACAUUGGUUAACAGAAGUCGGCCCAGUAGCCAGAAUGGAGAAAAUCGCAUUAGUUUCUCGAUGAGCAGAUUGGGCGGUCUCAUGCGGCCUAGCAAAGAGCCUUUGGCGGAGCCCAAAGAUGAACCCAAUGGCAUUGGCAUGUCUUCUGCCAACUCCACGGGUGUCUUGACGGCAGAGAUAUCUAAAGAGUCGAAGGAAUCAAAGGAUGUCGUGGAUGGGACAGAGCAACUCGCCGAACCAGAGCCCGAACAGCAUCAUCAUCGUCACCAUGGUCAUAAACAUGGACAUAAGAGGGUCAAGUCCAAAGACAAAGUAAAGAAUAAGAGCGGCGACCAACCUGAACGAGAAUGCACAGUGAUGUAACAGUCAUCCUGUUACAUCAUCCCGAUAACCACGUUACGAGAGAGAGAAUGCAACUAGAUUAUACUUCACAUACUUACGACAGUUCUGAUGUUUGGACAUGCAUAGCUAUAGGAGUCUUCAUUUACAAGGAGGAACUGGCACGGGAUUAAACAUAUGGAUAGUGAUGAGGUACCGCAGCGACUGUGUUGUUAGUAUGAAGUUGGACAGCAGGCUAUGCAGAGAUGGUUUUGUGAUGUUGGUAUCCUAUGAGGACCUCAUUUGUGUUUUUUUUUUGUAUUGGUCUUUCAAAAGAAAAAAAAAGUGAACAGAACUGUGGUAAUUAGCGAGGCGUUUUGGGCAGGCGUGACAACUUGUUGUCGCAUGGCUAACUUUCGAAGCUUGGGUACUUUGAACAUGAUACACGCAAGUAUGAGACAAGAAACGGAGAUGAUACCGCACGCUAGAGGGGAGAAAAGUCUUCAUUAUUUGAUUUUAGAGCCUCAAAGUACUUUCAAGUGACAAAUAUCCCGUGAUAACAUCUACCAAUUGUGCU